AUGUCGCCGACGACGACCACAACAGACACUCCCAGAUUGCUUCCCACCUACCUUCAUACGCACCAGUACGUUUUGACCCUCCUCCCCACCCCUGCUCACGAGGCAGUGCGAACCCACAAGGAAGUGUCCGACUCGCCGUCGUCGGGCGCCGUGUCGUAUGUGGUCGGCGUGGACGAUGCAGGUGCCAUCAAGGCGGACGUGGAACGCAACCUCAAGCUCUGGAGUGCACAGGAGGCUCUUCGCAAUGGGCGUCUCCCCUCCAACAGUCAACUGGACAGUGUGCUCGGCUUUGUAUCCAAGCACCUGGUCGCACCAAAGUCCAUGUCGCUCUCUGCCGACACCCUGACCGCAAUCUCAUCUGCACGCCGGCUUGUCGAGACGAUCCGCAUGGUCAUCAAGGUCAAGAACGCCGACGAGCUCAUCCAGGAUACAACGUGGAUGGCGUUUGUCGAAUCCAGCUCGUCGUAUCGCAUCCGUUCGAGCCGAGCGCCUACACCCAAAGAGCGGCCGGUUGAAGCACACAACAUUGACAAGGACCUCGAUGCCCUGGUCAACGGUGCAGCAAGGGACUAUGGCGAACGCGAAGGCGAGCUUACCAAAGCUGCACGCAACAUCCGAACGCUCGGCAUGAUCCUCAUCACCAACCCGGAAGUCCGACAGGCCAUGAGCGAUCUGGUCAAGCUCGGGAGAGAGAUGGUGACGGGCAAGCCCAGUGACGAGGAGCUCGAUACCGAUGAAGACACGGUCGACCUGGUCUUAGAAGUCGGCGCGGAUGGUGUUCCCCAGGCGGUUCCCGUCAACUCUGGCGAGCCCGCCUCGGCAGUUCCGCAGGAUCCGCCAGACACGCCCAUAGACGAGAAUCCAACCUUCAACAUGCCCGGCUCGUUCCUUCCAGCGUGGGACGAAGAGGGGUCCGACACCGAGGAAGACUGGGCGGACGCGCAGUCUGAUCCGGGGCGUGAGACGAGGCAACAGGCAAAGUUCCACGAGCUGGUGUCUUCGGCAGUCACAAGUCUCCAAGGCCAAGAAGGCUACGUUGAAUCAAUGACCUGGCUGCUGGACACCUUUGAAGUGUACGAGGCCGAGAUGCUUGCCAUCAAGCGUGGGGAGGACCCCGAUGACCUGGGCAUAUCGCAUGGAGCCCUCGGCCCCGCCACACGGCGCAUUCUGGCCAACCUAAUCACGUUGGCAGAACGCUUUGCGCGCGGAAAGUCUGUCGAACCAGUUCAGCAGUCCAUCCUCACCAUCUAUACGGACAUUCUGUCCUCUCAUGAACUGCGGAGCAUGAGUCGCGAGGUGGACGCGUUCAUUCGACGCGUCUUGGUCGAGCCGGGCUACGUCCAAACUGCAGAGUGUGUGGCCAGGGGGAUCGAGCUGCGGACGCGGACCCAGGCUCUCCUGUCAAACGAGCUGUAUGGCGCACACUGGAGUGCGCUUACGUCGGGCGUUCUGGGAUGGCUAGGAUGGACAAUGGACACUCCACGGGGCGCCCAAGUGGUCACUCCUUUCUACGACGACCCUUUGACACGACGCCUCGACAAGGACUGGCAGCGACUUGUCAAGUCGAUCAUGCAAGACAGCCGGGGGCAUCUCAUGUUCAAGCGCCAGCUGUGGUCCGACAUUGGCGGUAUGAUCGGCCCGGCGCUUGGUGGUCUGGGGUACAUCCCCGUACCCCGUCUCGAGCUGGCAAACCCGACUGUGGAGCUUGUCCUGGAGAAUGUGUACCUGUCCGUUUCCAACCUCGUCCCGUCCAUCAUCACGGUCGAGGAAGACAUCGCGUACAAGUGGUCACCGUUUGACUCGAUGGACGCGUCAUGUGCAGCGGCCAACCACUGGAAGCUACGCAUCCACGUCCAGCAAGUCCAGGCGGACGUCAAGAAUGUCCCGUUCUCGCUGCUCUGGAAGAAGGGUAUCAGGUAUGCCGACACGGGUCUUGUGGAUAUUACACUCGCUCGCAAUGGUCUCAGCAUUGUCCUGGAUGUCGAGAUUGACAGGCGCGAGGACUACCCCAGCGUCCUUGUCGUCCACAAUGUAGACGUGUCAGUCGACGAGUUGGAAUUCACCUUCCGCAACACCAGGCGCGAUUGGCUCUUCCGGCUCUUGUUCGCCACUGUCGCCGUUCCGGCGCUCAAGCAUCUCAUAUGCACCAAGCUGGAGGCCAAGCUGAAGGAACGCCUGGCACAACUGGACGUGCACCUUGUGGACGUUCGCGACCGCCUCAAAGCUGCGAGCAAGGACAUUGACGCGAGGCGCAAAGAGGGCGAGGCGACGCCGGGCACCAGCGGCACACUCCUGCGUGUUCUGAGUGACAAGAUGAAGGAAAUCCGCCAAGCGAAAAAGCUCCACGCCCCCGUCUUUGCAGGCGAAAAGGGCGCACGGGAUGCCGUCCAGAAGGCCGACAACGAGGCAGCGGCAGGCCGUUCACCCGAGAAGCAGCCCCAUGUUGUUGAACCAGAGCCCGCCUCGGACGUUGAGGAGCCUGGGGGUCCCCCACGGCGCAAAAAGUUCAAGAUUAGCUCGCGACUCGAAGACACGUUGCUGCCAACGACGACGCCCAACGCCGACGAGUCGUGGGUGUACCGCAGGUGGCGAGCCGAAGAGGCUGCUCGCCUCUCGGGACGCGCCUCGGCGGAAAUGGAGGCCACCACAAACGUCGUUGCAGCGACGGCGACUGGGCUGCGGCUCGGGUCUCCCAGGCCAUGGCGUUCCCCCGUGUUCACCUUCCAGUAG